GGUUGUAAACCCGCCUAUUUGACUGUAGAUAGAUUUUUAUCAUAGAACAAAAUGCUAUGUUACUGUUGAUGAAUUCAUUGUGAUCACUCAUUCAUUUUGACGUUUGUGUAAGGUGCUUCCCUCGCAAUUCGCAUUAAUGUUCUAACGUUCGGAAAGAACGGAUUUGUGAUGUGACUUGAUUCAAAAUAAUCGACCGAAGUAUGUAUGAUCGGGCACAUAUUUAAGUAAGAUACACUUUUUGUAAAAAAACUCAUAUUACUACAGCAGCGCAAUAAUACUUUUAAACCAAUAAAAUGCCCUUGUUAAGUGGAAAAUGUCGAAGCAAAGCCAGGCUGACUGGAAAAACUGCCAUAGUUACUGGUUGCAAUACCGGUAUAGGAAAGGAAACUGUCAUGGACUUUUAUAAAAGAGGAGCCAAGGUGAUAAUGGCAUGCCGUAGUUUAGACAAAGCUGAAGCAGCAAAGUCUGACAUCAAAAUGAAAUGCAAGGAUUUGCCAGACACCGGCAACAUUGUAGUUGAAAAAUGUGACCUUUCAUCUUUAAACUCAGUUCGAGAAUUUGCAAAAAAGGUUCUAGAUACAGAACCACAGAUAAAUAUUCUGGUGAAUAAUGCUGGAGUGAUGAUGUGCCCUAAGGGGGAGACUGAGGAUGGUUUCGAGACACAGUUUGGGACCAACCACCUCGCACACUUUUUGCUGACCGUGCUUCUUUUACCGCGCAUCAGGAACAGUACUCCUGCGAGGAUUGUGACUGUUUCUUCUGCGUUACAUGCAAGAUACGGGAUUAAUUUCGACGACCUAAACUACAAGAAGAGGUCAUAUAGUGCUGCGGAAGCAUACUCUCAAAGUAAAAUUGCCAAUGUGUUGUUCUCACAGGAGCUGGCGGCUAGACUUAAAGAAUACGGCAUACAAGGCAUCAACACAUACAGCCUGCACCCUGGCGUGAUAAAGACUGAGAUUCUGCGCAAUCUCGACGAUACCACGUUCUGGGGAGCGCGGAAAACCUUAAACAUCCUUGUCGGGCCCUUCAUGAAGAGUCCCGAGAGCGGCGCGCAGACCACUAUAUACUGCGCUGUGGAUGAGAAAUGCGCGGCUGAGACUGGAUUGUACUACAGUGACUGCGUAGUUAAGAGGCCAGCCUCGAAUGGAUCGAAAAAAGAAUACGCGAAGAAGCUUUGGGAGAUGUCCGCGGAAAUGGUGAAACUUGGAGAUUACAACCCUUUCACAGCUAACGACCCCGGAGUGAAGACGUUGGGACAGUAACAAUACUAAUAUAUUAGUACCAAGUAUGGUGUAUAUUGUAUGGAGUGUACUUCUUUAAGUGACAUACAACUUUCGGCCCGAAUUCCGUUAUUUGGUAUAAUUAUCCUUAAUCUUUGGUAUGACGAUGACGAUGAGAAUUUCUCAAUUAAAUAGAGUCAUCAUGAACUUCAAUUCAAAACAGUGAACAUUUUUUAGGUAAUUUAAUUUUGAAACUAGUAAAAUACAGUUCUGUAUGUGAAAUUUCUGGUUACUUUACGUUAACAUUAAUACGAAACUUUUAUAGGCGUAAGUCAUAAUAAGUAAGCAUGAGAUUAAAACACUACUGUUUAUAAUA